CCAUCAGGUUCAGCUGGUGCUUCUGUCAGCCAGAGCAAACCCCGAGUCAUAAUUCGCUCAUUGUUGUGCCAGACAGCAGCGCAGUCCACAGAGACCAUUCGUUCUUUGCUCUGGGCUUUAAAUUAGUCAACUAAAGAGUCCUUAUCUCACGUUUAUUGGGAUUUCCUCCCUAGUUCGACAGUUUCUGUCGCCGAGAUCGGUUUGUGUGUGCACGACUUCAUAACAAAGAGGCGCCACUCGGGUAUCUCUCUUGGUGUAUUAUUUGUCGAUUGAUUAAAUUAGCUAAGGCGUUUGGGGGUAGGUUCCAAGGUUUGGAGGAUCCUUCUCGUGUCCAGCCAUGCAGAACGUGCUGAACUCGGUCAAGGGGACGGCCCUCGGAGUGGCCGAGUAUCUGACCCCGGUGCUGAAGGAAUCCAAGUUUCGGGAGACUGGAGUGUUGACGCCGGAAGAAUUUGUGGCGGCUGGAGAUCACCUGACGCACCACUGUCCCACUUGGGCAUGGGCCAUCGGAGACGAAGAUCGGGCCAAGUCGUAUAUGCCCAAGGACAAACAGUUUCUCAUUACUCGUAACGUGCCAUGUUACCGACGCUGCAAGCAGAUGGAAUACGUCGGAGAAGAAACGCUCGUCGAGGAGGGUGACGCCGACGGUGGUUGGGUCGAGACACAUCACUACAACCCGGACGGCGAGGCCAGCGGUUCGGGGCUGGAGCAAAAGGUUUGCGAAAUGACCCUGGACGGGUCCAAGGCGGACGACGACGAAGAAGCGGCCGACAUGGACGAUCCGAGGAAUUCGGGCGAAGCCGGUGGGGACGAUGAUGACGAUGCAGACGCGAUCGACAUGGACGAGUUCGAGGAGAGCGGCAUGCUGGAGGAAUACGACCCGUCCCGUGCGGAAAUCCCGCAGCCGGUCAAGAAGAAGGACACCACGGCCGACGGGGACUCGGUGAUCCACACGCGAACGUACGAUCUGCACAUCACGUACGACAAGUACUACCAGACGCCCCGGUUGUGGGUGGUCGGGUACGACGAGAACCGCAAGCCGCUCACGAUGGAGGAGAUGUACGAGGACGUGAGCCAGGACCACGCGAAAAAGACGGUCACGAUGGAGAACCAUCCGCACCUGCCGGGGCCUCCGAUGGCGUCGGUGCAUCCGUGCAAACACGCCGACAUCAUGAAGAAGAUCAUUCAAACCGUGGAGGAGGGCGGUGGCGAGCUGGGCGUGCACAUGUAUCUCAUCAUCUUUCUCAAGUUCGUCCAGACGGUGAUACCGACGAUCGAGUACGAUUUCACGCAAAACUUUAACAUUACCAACAAGUAAGCGCGAAAUGACGACGACGACGAAUGGAGACGAUAUUCGGCGACUGGCUUUCGGCGAAUCGAGAUGAUAUUAUUGAAUGUUGCGAAGCUGCUUGGGCGUAAAAAUUACCACCAUUAUAAGGAAAAUAUAUAAAACAUACACGCACUUUACCAGCAAGAAAUUUUGGCUUUUUUAAAACAUGCUUCAUGUAGACACAUUACCCACAUUGCUGCUACAACAACAUUAAUCAAGGUGGAACGACGCAACGAGAGUGAAAACAGAAACAUUCAGGAACGAACAACAUUUUUGAUGACGGUUAAUGUGAAAAUUUGAUUUGAAAUAAAAUAUUUUAAUAAUGCAAAAAGAA